ACAUUGUAAAUCACAUCGGGAUCGUUCUCUUGAUAAUUUUCCUGCAUGAGCGGCAUCGCCGGAGAAAAAUUUCACACAAAAAAUUGAAAAAUAAAGGCAUAAAAAUGGCAAGUAGCAGAGAAAAGAGAAUCAAUGCAGGAAGCAAAAUGGCCCGUCUGCUUGAAGCAGAAGAUGAGGAUGAAUUCUACAAAACCACCUAUGGAGGUUUUAAUGAGGAAGAAGAUGAUGGUGUGUAUGAGUCUGAGGAAUCUGAUGACGAUGACACAGACUCAGAUAUAAGUAUAGAUGAAAAUGAUGAACCUAAAAGUGAUGAUGACGAAGAGGGUCCAAAGAAAAAGCGAAGAGUAGUCACCAAAGCUUACAAGGAGCCACCAGCGAAGAAGAAGACUGAAGAGAAAAAGCCCAAACCCAAAACAGAAAAAGUUUCAAAAGUACAAAUAUACCAUACACCAGAAAAGAAGAAAUUAAGAAACACAACAUCAGAGAAAUCCAAAGCUGUGGAACAGAGAGACAAACAGAGAGAAGCCAGAGCCAAGAUGCUGAAGGAAAUGGCUGCUCAGAAACGGGUGUCAGAGGUCAGGAGGUUAACACAGGAGGAGCUGCUGGAGGAGGCCAAGAUUACCGAGGAGGAGAACAUGACGUCUCUGGAAAAUUACCAAAGAAUGGAACUUGAAAAGAAGAAAAACCGCAUUCAGAAACAGAUGCAUAGAGGGCCAAUCAUUCGUUAUCAUUCGCUGACAAUGCCCCUAAUAGAGGAAAUCCCCCCAGAACCAGAAAUCAGUGUGGAUGAUGACAGUGCUGAACCACAGAGGAGGCUGGAUGAAAAUGAAAAGUGUUCAAGGACAUUCAUAACUUUCACAGAUGAAAGAAACUUCCGUGAAUGUUUUUCACAGUGUAAAUUGAAAGUUCCCCACAAACAGUUCUGCCCAGUCACUAAGUUAUCAGCUAAAUACUUUGAUCCUGUAACACAGACACCAUAUGCUAAUUUAAAGGCAUUUAAGUGUAUCAGAGAGGCAUAUGCCCAACAGUUAGCAGAGGAUUCUAACCAGCGAAGAAAGAAAUAAAGUUUUUUUGGCAUUACAUAUCAUUCAUCAACUUUAUUGGAGCUGGUACAGAAGACAUACUAUAUAUAUUAUACACUUAUUGAAUUUUAGAAGGGAGAUACAAGAAUCACAGAUUUUCAGAUCUGAGUUGGGUUAUAUUCCAACAGUACAGGGCGAACCUACACAGUUCUGACAACUUUUGUUGUCUAUUCAGGCAUUAUUUUCAUUGGGACUGAAGGGACAGGAAUGCCAUCAUUUUUAGUCUGUCUAUCUGUUCAUCCAUCUGACCACCUUUUAUUGUGAACACCAAUUUUCCUACAGUAUGUCUUAGACUUUUAAUGAAAUAUUGGUGUGCCUAUUAUCAGUGAAAUACGUGAAAAGGAUGCAAGUUGUAGUAAAGGGGAUGUAGCGAUACAGUUGAGAUUAUCACGAGGUUAUCGAGAGAUUAUGAGAUUGAUCACUGUUCGUUAUCUUCAUUUUUUUUCAUUUUGACCAUAUCACAAUAUGUAUCGUGAUGAAGUGACUUAAUAAAGGAUACAUAUUUAA